AUGAAACUACAUUCAGAGCACCCAACCACCUCAAGCGUUCAGAGAAACCACAGUCUCCCAGCACGCACGAAUUCCAAUGAAAACUACAAUCAGAGCACCCAACCACCUCCAGCAUUUCAGAGGGAACUACAGUCUCCGGCACGACUUCCAAUGAAACUACAUCAGAGCACCCAACCACCUCCAGCAUUUUCAGAGUGGGCACCACAGUCUCCCCCGGCACGACUUCCAAUGAAACUACAUCAGAGCAACCCAACCACCUUCAGCGUUUCAGAGGGAACCACUGUCUCCGCACGACUUCCAAUGAAACUACAUCAGAGCCACCCAACCACCUCAAGCGUUUCAGAGGAACAAACAGUCUCCGGCCACCGACUUCCAAUGAAACUACACCAGAGCACCCAACCACCUCCAGCGUUUCAGAGGGAACCACAGUCUCCGGCACGACUUCCAAUGAAACUACACCAGAGCACCCAACCACCUCCAGCGUUUCAGAGGGAACCACAGUCUCCGGCACGACUUCCAAUGAAACUACAUCAGAGCACCCAACCACCUCCAGCGUUUCAGAGGGAACCACAGUCUCCGCCACGACUUCCAAUGAAACGACAUCAGAGCACCCAACCACCUCCAGCGUUUCAGAGGGAACCACAGUCUCCGGCACGACUUCCAAUGAAACGACAUCAGAGCACCCAACCACCUCCAGCGUUUCAGAGGGAACCACAGUCUCCGGCACGACUUCCAUGA